AUGGCCACGGCAUCUUCAACCCAUCAAAUCUCACAGCCAGCACAGGCAGCGUCACAAAUCAGCUCUGACACUCAGACGCAAACCCAAACCCAACCGCAACUUCAAUCUCAAAGCCAAACAGAAGCCGGAUCGCAACCGCCCCUGCACCUACAAUAUCUCCCUCCCAUCUUCGUCCUCCCAACCAAUCUAUCCCUCGACGCACUCCACCAGAUCGAAGAUCAUCUGGUGCGCGGCGCCGCUCAUCUAACGUAUGACAUCUCCGAGGCGGGUCUUGUUCUCGGACGACUGAGUCAUGGUAAGAGGGCGGCGUUGGAGUUGAGGGCUAGAGGGGUGUGGACUGAGGAGGUUCCUGCUUCUCGUUCAUCUACAUCUGAUGGGACGAGGGAUGGGAAAGGGGAAGAGCCGCCGGCGAAAAGAGCGAGGGUGUCUGGGGGAGAUGUGUCGAGUGGGUUGCCCUCUACUAUGAGCGGUGCUACGAACGAGAUGGAUACCGAGACGGAGAGCGAGGAGGACGGGAUGGAAGGACAUCGGGUUGAGAAGCAUUUACAGAGACCGGAGUCCGAGUCGACUAUUCCUUCAGCGGAAAGGGCAAAGGCAGAUCCAAACACUAUUCGGGUCGUUAAAUUAGCCUGGCUCGAUGAAUGUAUCGCCACCAACACCCUCCUCCCUAUGCAUCCAUACCAGAUAUACCAAGCUCGCAAGGUUUCUCGUCCAGCAGAAGCACGACCACCACCACCACCACCAAUCACCAAACCAACAAGCAUCCUCCAACGAGCACGACAAGACCCCUCUAUACCACCUCACCCACCACCCAAACUCCACCGCACGACCACCUCCGAAGCCGAAGAAGACAAAACCACCCUCCCACCACCCCCAGACUGGGUCCUCAACCGCCUCCCCUACGCCUGCCAACGGCGUUCCCCCCUGCACCCCCCAAACGAAGCCUUCAUCCACCAACUCCUCAAGAUCCGCCAAAUCCGCCAACUCACCCUUGACGAGAUCGGCGUGCGCGCCUAUAGCACCUCCAUCGCCGCCAUCGCAGCAUACCCAUACAAGUUCCGGCGCGCGUCGGAAAUCCUCUCCCUACCCGGCUGCGACGCUAAGAUCGCGCACCUCUUCUCCGAAUACCAAUCCAGCUCCUCGGGCUCCCUCGUCGCCGCUUCUGACCUCGACAAGGACCCCACCCUCCGUACCCUCCACACCUUCUCUCAAAUCUGGGGUGUAGGUCCCAAAACCGCCCGAGACUUCUACUACACGCGCCAAUGGCGCGAUCUCGACGACAUAAUCCUCCACGGCUGGAACGGACUCUCCCGCGUGCAACAAAUCGGCGUAAAAUACUACGACGAGUUCCUACUCGGCAUGACGCGCUCACAAGUCGAAACCAUCGCAUCCAUCAUCCAGCGCCACGCGAACCGAGUCCGUCCACACGCGCAAUACGACGGCGUCGGUGUUGAAUGUAUAAUCGUGGGGGGAUACCGUCGCGGGAAAGAGAAAUGCGGCGAUGUCGACGUCAUCCUCACGCAUCGAGACGAGUCUGUCACCAAGGAUUUGAUCGUCGAUGUGCUGGGGAGUUUGGAAUCGGAGCGCUUCAUUACACACACGUUGCAUUUGAACCUCUCGACCUCAGAUCGCGAUCAACAGGCCUUGCCGUAUCGGGGUGACGCUGUUGACGGAGCUCGCCAUUUUGAUACUUUGGAUAAAGCACUGGUGGUCUGGCAGGAUCCUCUUCCUGCGAGCCCUGCUGAGGCACCUACCGAAGAUACGAAGAAGAAGAAUACUAACACCCACCAUCGCGUCGAUAUCAUUGUCUCUCCCUGGCGUAGCAUCGGAUGCGCUGUCCUGGGCUGGACCGGCGACACGACUUUCGAGCGCGAUCUGCGUCGUCUGGCGAAGAAGCGACACAACUGGAAGUUCGAGUCUAGCGGGGUCCGUGAGCGAGACGGCAAAGGGAGAGUUCUAGAACUAGAGGCCAAGGGCAGGACGUGGGAGGAGAGAGAGAGAUUGGUUUUUGAGGGCAUUGUGGGCAGUGGGACGUGGAUUGGACCAGAGGGGAGGUGCUCAUUUUAA